AUGGGCGUCCUGCAAGUCAUCGCGGGACCGUUGUCCCAGCAGUUUUCCCAGCUGGGGACAUUCUCGCAAAUCGGUGUCGCGAUCGCCUCCUUUUUGUUUGUCGCCGUCGCUCUCAACGUCCUCCAGCAGUUCCUCUUCAAGAAGCCCAAUGAGCCUCCUCUCGUCUUCCACUGGUUCCCUAUCAUCGGCAGCACCAUUACGUAUGGUAUGGACCCGCCGCGUUUCUUCAAGGAGAACAGGGAAAAGUAUGGCGAUUGCUUCACCUUCAUCCUGCUCGGAAAGAAGACCACCGUCUACGUCGGCCCCAAGGGCAACGAUUUCAUCUUGAACGGCAAGAUUCGCGAUGUCAACGCCGAAGAGAUUUACACCGUCCUUACCACCCCCGUUUUCGGCAAGGAUGUUGUCUACGAUUGCCCCAACUCCAAGCUUAUGGAGCAGAAGAAGUUCAUGAAGAUUGCGCUCACCACCGACGCUUUCCGCCAAUACGUCCCCAUCAUCUCGGAUGAGGUUACCAACUACCUCAAGAGAAGCGCCGACUUCAAGGGCAAAUCCGGCAUCGUUGACAUCCCCCCCAAGAUGGCUCAGAUCACCAUUUUCACCGCCUCGCACGCUCUUCAGGGCAAGGAGAUUCGCGACAAGUUCGACGAGACGCUCGCCGACCUCUACCACGAUCUCGACAUGGGUUUCUCUCCCAUCAACUUCAUGCUUCACUGGGCCCCUCUUCCCUGGAACAACCGCCGCGAUUACGCCCAGCGCACCGUCGCCAAGAUCUACAUGGACACCAUCAAGGAGCGUCGCGCUCGCGGCGAGACUGGCGCCCAGGACAUUAUGUGGCAUCUGAUGAACUCUACCUACAAGGGCGACGUCCCCGUCCCCGACCACGAGGUCGCCCACAUGAUGAUUGCCCUCCUCAUGGCCGGCCAGCACUCUUCAUCUUCCACUAGCUCCUGGAUCAUGCUCCGUCUCGCCUCUCGCCCCGACAUCAUGGAGGAUCUCUACAACGAACAGGUCAAGGCUCUCGGCGCCGACCUUCCCCCGCUCACCUACGAGGACCUCGCCAAGCUUCCCCUCCACGCCGCCAUCGUCAAGGAGACUCUUCGCCUGCACGCCCCCAUCCACUCCAUCAUGCGCGCCGUCAAGACCCCCAUGCCCGUCCCCGGAACCAAGUACGUCAUCCCGACCGACCACGUCCUCCUCGCCGCCCCCGGCGUCUCCGCCACCGACGAGUGCUACUUCCCCCAGCCCGAGCUUUGGGAGCCUCGCCGCUGGGAGAAGGACUCGCCCCUCGCCCCAACCAUCAUCCGCAACGUGCCCGCCGAGGAGGACGACGAGAAGAUCGAUUACGGCUACGGUCUCGUCAGCAAGGGCGCCAACUCCCCUUACCUGCCCUUCGGCGCCGGUCGUCAUCGUUGCAUUGGCGAGCAGUUCGCCAACGUCCAGCUCCAGACUAUUACUGCCAUCAUUGUUCGCAACUUCAAGUUCAGGAACGUGGAUGGUAGCGAUAAGGUUAUCGGUACCGAUUACGCUUCCUUGUUCUCCAGGCCUUUGGAGCCCGCCAAGAUUUACUGGGAGAGGAGGGAGGGUUGCCAGUUGUAA